CGGCCUUAGCACUGCUACUACUAAGUUACCACCACUACCAUAACAACCACCACCACUACCAUUAGGUACAGACAAUAACUUACUUGCUGUCGUUCUCGCCUCCAUUUAUCCCUCCAGUUCUCCUCCCCACUUCUCUUUCUCUUCCUCUCCCUCUUCCUCUCCCCCUCCCCUCUGUCUCCCUCCCUCCCUUCCUUUCCCAAAUAAAACUAGAGCCAUUCCUCUAGCACUUUGUUUGUUCCUCUCAUCUGUUAUAAAUUCUCCACCUUUCUCAACCUCAACACCCUUUCAUCUGAUAAUUCUUCACCCAUACCCAAGCCCUCAGUCAAGGCUUCGCAACCUCCGUUCCAAACCACCAUGUCGGUCGUCUCUCUCCUCGGCGUCAAGAUUGUCAACAAUCCCGCCCCCUUCACAGCGCCCUACCAAUUCGAGAUCACCUUCGAAUGCCUUGAACAACUUCAAAAAGAUCUGGAGUGGAAGCUCACCUACGUCGGUUCUGCCACCUCCUCCGAAUAUGACCAAGAACUCGACUCGCUACUCGUGGGCCCCAUCCCGGUGGGCGUCAACAAGUUCAUCUUCGAAGCCGACCCGCCCGACCUGAAGCGCAUCCCCACCUCAGAGAUCCUGGGGGUGACCGUCAUCCUCCUCACCUGCAGCUACGACGGUCGGGAGUUCGUGCGGGUGGGAUACUACGUGAACAACGAGUACGAUUCGGAGGAGCUCACCGCCGACCCGCCUGCCAAGCCCAUCAUCGAGCGCAUCCGUCGCAACAUCCUGGCGGAGAAGCCGCGUGUCACUCGAUUUGCGAUCAAGUGGGACUCGGAGGAAUCCGCCCCCGCCGAAUACCCCCCCGACCAGCCGGAUGCCGACCUCGUCGACGACAGCAACACAUACGGUGCGGAGGAGGCCGAGCUGGAGGCCGCCCUGGUCAAGGAGCUCGAGGAAGCGGAGCGAACGGACCCCUCCCGCGGCGAGGACCAGGACAUGGAGGGCGGGGAGGCCACCGCCGGGGACGAGGAGGAUAUCUCCGACGCGGAGAGUGAAGACAUCGAGGAUGAGAGUGACGACGACGAGGAGGAGCUCGACGAGGAAGAGGGUGGCGACGGCGACGAGGACAUCGAGAUGGGCGAUGACUCGGAACCCAAAGAUGAGGCGGCCGGCGGCGCCAGCAACAACCCCACCACCCACCAUCAGCCGGAACUGAUGGUCCACUAGACUCCAUUUCCUCUUGCUUUGAACCCUUCUCCAUGGAUUGUGGGUGUGCGUGUGGGCUUGGGCGUGAGAGUCGUUGAUCUAUUCUUUGCUUCUACUUGGUAUCCUUCGAAAUGAUUUUACGAUUGGGUUUGCGACGUGCUUCUUCUUUUUCGACGAUACAUCUUAUCAUAUCAUAUUCCCAUCCAAACCAAAAAAGGUUCCGCAGUAUUUACUUGACAUAGAAAGAACCAAAACCAUAACUUGAC